AUGGGCGACGAAGCCCAAAAGAACGCAAAGGCGGCUGCGGAAGCGAAACAAAAGGCUGCUAAGAAAGCUUCCAAGUCUCCUCAACCGCCCAAGAUUAAGAAGCAGUCCUCCGCAAGGAAGAUGGACGAUAAGAAAGAUAAAGCUGUGUCAGUGAGAUCUCCCAGAGCUCAGCAGAAAAAGAAACCUGCAGCUGCGGGUACUCGGAACAAAUCACCAUCUCCUCCCCAGGACCAAGCUCCUCCGCCGCCCGGGUCUGAUCCACCAGGACCUGAACCGGCUAAGCACCCUGUUGAACUUCAGGAGCCUGCACCAGUCCCUGCACCACCUCCAGUCCAGGCACCUGCACCUCCUCAGGCACCUCCUCAGGCACCUCCACAGGCACCUCCUCAAGCUCCACCACCACCAGUCGAACAAGCACCAAUUCCACCUCCAGUUCCACAAGCCCCUCCACCUCAAGCGCCUCCGCAGCCAGCACCAGCCCCGGUGCCCGUCCAGCAAGCGCCUCCGCAGCCAGCACCAGCCCCGGUGCCCGUCCAGCAAGCGCCUCCGCAGCUAGCAUCAGUUCCAGCACAGGCUCCUGCUCAGCAACAAGCUCCAGCUCCCGCACCACCUCCUCCUGUCCAACAACAGGCUCCUGCACCUCCACAACAGCAAUAUCAAGCUCCUCCUCAGGCCCCGCCGCAGCAGCAACCUUUGCCACAACAACAGCAGCAACAACCUCAAUAUGUGGAACAACAACAACCUGUUCAACAGCAGCAGCCGCAAUAUGUGGAACAGCAGCAGCAACAGCCGCAAUAUUCGCAACCUCCUCCACAGCAAUACCAGGCACCGCCGCCUCAGCAACAGCAACAGGUUCAAUACGUACAGGAUCCGCAAUAUGCACAGCAACAGCAACAGCCUGUACAAUAUCAACAACAGCAGCAGCCGAUCCAGUAUCAACAGCAGCAGCAACAAGAGCCUGUCCAGUAUCAACAGCAGCAACAGCAACCUGUCCAAUACCAACAGCAGCUAGAUCCGAUGCAACCACAAAUGGUGAAUCCACAACAAAUGCAAGCACAGCGACUACAAGAACGUGUUCAUCCUGGUACAGGAGCGGCACCACCGCGUGAAGAAACGGAAGAGGAAAAGAAGGCAAGAAAGAAGGCCGAGAAGAAGGAAAAGAAAAAACACAAGAAAAAGGGAGCAAGGGGCCUACUCAAGUCUGGUAUCAAGACCGUCGCCAAGCCAGGAAUGUUCGUGGCCAAGCAUGCCCAAAAGGGUACAAUGGCAGUCGCGGGAGUUGCCAUGUCUGGUACCAUGGCCGUUGGAAAGGCAGGCUUAAAGGGUGUCCAAACGGUCACCGGUACUGGACAUCACAAAGAUAAGGACAAGAAGAAGCUUCAACAGUCCGGAGAAUUUACUCAAGAGCUUAUACCACCUCCACAACAGCAGCAGCAGCAACUGCAACAACAACCGCAACAACAACAACUGCAACAAGUCGGUCAACCACAACAAGUUGCUCCUGGCCAGCCCAAUCACAAUCAAAUGAUGGGGCAAUCAGGUGCAGCUCCUCCUGGUCCAGGCCAACCACAACGACCUGUGCUGGAAGCUGCUCCUCCUUCUGGUGGACAGGAGAAAGAAAUGACUCCAGAAGAAAAGAAAAAGGCCAUGAAGAAAGACAAAAAACACGGCUUCUCCAAGUCUUUCAAGAGGCAUAAGCACGACACGGGAAUCUCGGUUGCCGACUAUGAAAGUCUCAAGGCCAAAUACGAGUCGGUCAAUACCAUGAACAAGCGAUACGAAUCUCGUGUGGCCCAAUUGAACUUGGAACUCAUGGCCUUGGAAGAGACGGUAGCGACCAAAGACAAGGAGAUUAAUACCCUUCGAGAAAAUUUGCAAUCGAUUGCGUCGCAACGAUCAACAGUCGCCGCCGCGCCUCAUGAAACUCUGGCGCAAAAGCGUGAAAAGAAACGUCAACUCGAACAAAGAGUGAGUCACCAAAUGCACCAUCACGAAGUGGCACCUGCGCAACUGGCGGCUGCCACGAAUGCUGCGGCCGCGCAACAGCAAUAA